GUGACUACACACUAUGAUUCUGAUUUUCCAGCUCAGUAAAAUUUUCGCUGAGUUCUGUAUUUUUUUCAUCUUUUUACUGAGUUUUCAACAGCAGAUUUAACUCGGUACACUCGGUAAUCAAUAUUUACCGUCCAUCAGUAACGAUAUUUACCGUUCAUCUGUAAUUUUUGACAGUUCAUUUGCAGAACUCGUUAAAUCAUUUACAGAGUAUUCAGCAAAAGAGAUAACCGAGCGUACCGAGUUAAAUCUGCUGUUGAGAACUCAGUAAAAAGAUGGGGAAAAUACCGAGCUGAUCUUAGUGUGUACGUUGUCUCAUCGACUAUGUUGCAACAGAUGAUGAUCAAAGGACAAAAAGCGAUCCAUAAGCUGAAUCCUACAGACUUGAACGCAGCGGAUCGUAUGAAGUUUGACCCGACAUUGAAAUUGAUUUCGGAAGAUCUUAUCAACCAUCUAACAGACGUUGUUCAUGAUAGUCUUGGAACUGCCACUUAUUUAAAAAUAAUGCGAAAUAUUUAUGUGGCAUUCUAUGAGCAGCAGUUAUCACCUACCGAGCGCGUCACUAUGAUCUGGUUUGUCACUAUAAAUAUUUACUUUGUUACCGUAAAUUCAGUUUAUAUGUGCAUAUUAAGGACAUCACUAUUUUUCCUUCGUGCUUGGCGUCAAAUAUGUAUGAAACAAAAUAAAACGAUUAAACAUUGCCCUACAUCGAAUGCUUACAUAUCGCUGGAACUGAGUGCUCAUGGGCUAGUGAAGUAUAUGGUGAGAUGUCGGAUUGCCAAUACUCCGGAGCAAUUUGUUGUACAAAAUAUGACAAGUCAACCCUGUGAAACGACAUUUCGAGAGCUACGAUCUAUGACAACAGUCAACCAUACAUCCGUGAAUUUUACGAUGAUGGAUGUUGAACAACGUUUUCAAAAAGUUCAGAUGAAACUUCUGAUUGCCUAUCGCAGAAAACACGAGAUGACCUUCCCAAGCCUCCAGAAGCAGGAGCACAAGAUGCGCAUGAUGAAGACAUCACAUCUCCCAAACGACGAUGAAAUUCGAAAGGCUAUUGAAACCGCAGAACAAAACGCGAAAAUCUUACUAAUAUCCCUCGGUAUCCAGGAAAGCCAACUAAACUUCAGAGAAAUCAUAGAUAUUCGAAUGUCAAAACCAAAAUCUGAUUUCGACUUUAUUACCAUAAAUGAAAAUCAAAUGCAUAAUAACAUUACGGAAGGUGAAUCACUUUUAAUUGAUACAUAUUUGUAUGAAGUUUUUACAAUUUAUAAAAUUAAGAAAAAGUUAUGCAACACAUUCACAUUACACUAAAAGUUUGCUUAUGGUCAAAACCUUACUUAAAACAAAUUUAUAAAAUUUCAGAUGAAGAAACCGUUUAUGAAGCUGACCCAGAAGAAACUUCAAGUUCAAAUCAAGGUUCAAAUGCUUGUUUUGAAUCUGUUUUCAUUGAAGAGACAUGUAAUGAGAGUGACACCUCAAACAUAUUGGUAGAAGAAGCUGAUGACAUUUUUGCUAGAGCUGGUGGAGCGCUGCUCUUGCGGUCAUGUACAUUAGGGAAUAACCGACAUGUUUUCCAUAUUAAAGGAAAAAAUGGAAAAACUAUGAAAGUCAAGAAAUCCCUUAUUCUAUGGAUGAUUUCGUCCGGAAGAUUUAAAAGAAGCAAUGAUCGGUUACGACGGUUUUACCAACUGCGUACCAAAGAAGUCGACAACGUUUAUUGUAAUUCUGUUAAACAAUAUCUAAGCAUCGGGGACUGGGUAGCGUUCCAAGGAAACCGUAUUUGUCAAAUUACGAAUUUUCAAUACAAAACAGGUAAAUUAUUGAUAAGAUAUCAAACAUGUUGCUCACAAUAUAGUUAUUUUUCAAUAACCCGUUGCAGGAAAAACGAAAUCAUGUACUUUAAAAACUAUUCCAAUAUUUAACCCUGCGGACGGAGAACAGAGGGACAUCCUUGUUUUGGGAAAUUUUUAUGAGCUUCAGGAUCGUACAUUGCAUCUGAAGAACGAAAAGCACAAGUAUGCUGACGUCAAAGAAUACUUGUCGCACGUUGAGCAACCGGAAUCCAACUCCAAGAGUUUGAUACUAUCGGCCGAUGCGAUACACCAUUUGGAUAAGCUGAACUAAGUAUAUGUUCAAUAGAUAUAAACAUAACAAUAGUUUCAGUACCUAUGGAAUAAAAAAUAGAAUAAAAUAGAGAAAAUAAAAUAAAAAUAUAAUAGAAAUAGAAGCCGUCAUUUCCCCUUUGAACUUAUUUACGAUGACGUCACGUUUGCUAUAAUCACUGCGUGAUUUUCACUCUAGUGAAAACCGAUGAACAUCUAGUGAUUUUUUGAUUUUGAAAACACCACAAAUGUGUCCAUUACUGUUCACUCGUUUCUCGAAAGUAUCAAGAAACUUCUAAUUUAGCUUGCACUUGAGGUUUUACAUAAUUUACGAACUUAUUGAUACGAACGAUACUUCAAUAUUGUAUACACAAACUUCUCUUUUGUAUACACAUGCAUUAAUGUACAUAGAGCAACCAGAACAUAUUUCGCAGAACAGAACAAUCUUGAAAUACUCAUUAAAGGUCAUUAAAUGUAGCUACACAUUUUAUUAUCGAAAACAUUCGACUUCUGACUUUUUGUGUUCUUACAAUAUACAGUACAGGCACAUCAGGAAUUCAUAGAAAGAGAUCGUUUGGGCGUUUGGGUAUGUACGAGUUGAUUAUUCAUGGUCCUAUGUUUGUACCGUUGUAACGUCUUGAACUGGCAUUCUCUUGCAAGGAUCCUGCUGCCGUUCGUGCAGUAUGUUACACAAGUUCACACACCUAAAUCGUUCAAGUUCAAGCAAUGGCCAAGGCAAUGGCAGAUAUCUGAACAAAAUGCUGCAAUGGAAAUAUGGGGUUGACCAAAUUAAAUUAAAUAGUAGAAAUGAUGAACAAACCUAUAUGCAUAAGUGCAUUAUCUGUCAAAUAUACCAGAUUGAUAAACAUUCCAAACCUUUCACAAACAUGCGCUGGCUACUAUGUCAGGCACAGUUUGGGCACAGUCGGCACGUAGGCAGCACAUCUGAAGCACGCUAAACUGU